UGCGGCAGCGAAUAGCGCGGAGGUUUGAACGAGAGAAACGGCAACAGGCGGCUGUUACUGUGUGAUGCUGGAUAAACUGGCGAUGUAGAGCACCCUCUACGGGAACGAGAAAAAAACGGUGCCAGUCACGUUUUGGCGACGUUAUCCUGAAGUCACCGUAAGCCCUGUUCUGGUCAGCGAUUACCCCCUUGUUUAUCGUGGGGGGGGCGCUGUUUUGUGCUGUUGUCAAGGCAACCGAACAACUGCUGAAAGUUCAGCACCUGUUGGAUUACCUUCUCCUGGGAAUUUCAAGCACAGACAGAGAUCGACUCUAAACCAAGCAUGGCGUUCCAGGGAGAAAGUAAGCGCUUUCCGGUGACCUCAAAGAAGACUGAGCAUCCCCGCAUUGCAUUGCUGGAAGAAGAAGUACGGAACCUGUCCGAGGAGCUGAUCCAAUGCCAGGCAGACAAAGAGUUUGUGUGGUCUUUAUGGAAACGUCUUCAAGUUGCCAAUCCAGAUUUGACUCAAGCAGUCAGCUUGGUUGUGGAAAGGGAAAAGGAAAAAGCAGAAGCCAAAGACAGAAAAGUCCUGGAGAUAUUACAAGUUAAAGACAGUAAAAUAGAACAUCUGGAGCUGCAAGCGACAGGCCAGCAGCAGGAAAUAAACAACCUCGUUCAGCGUAAGAUUGCAGUGGAUCAAGAAAAUGACCAAAUGAAGCAAGAACUGAGUGUUUUACAGAAGAGACUGGAGGAAAAAAGUCAAGAACUUAAGCAUAUUAAGGAGAAAGCAAAGAGAAAAGAGGAAGAAAGCCGACUCGCUGUGAAGAAUCUCGAGGAAGAAAAAAAAGCAUUAGACACACGCGGCUCUGACCUGCAAAGUGACCUGCAGAAACUGAAGAAGCAGGCAGCCCAGUGGAAAGAAGAAAAAUCUGCAAUUGAAUCAAAAGUAAAGCUACUGAAUGAUGAGAUUAAGGAAGCAAAGCAACAAACUGAAGACCUGCAAAGCCAUCAUAAUGAAGUGUGUUCUGAACUCUCAGUUCUAAAAAUACAAGUGGCCAACAAAGAAGAUUAUAUAACCAAACUCAAGAAGGAGUUGCAAGAAAUUCAGAAUCUGUAUCAGAAGAGCACACAGCAUGCGGCUCAGCAGGCAGAACUAAUUCAGCAGCUGGAGAGCCUCAAUCUUGAUGCACAAAAGGUCCUACAAAAUCAAGAAGAAGCACACACAGCAGAAACUGUGUCUUAUCAAAAGUUGUAUAAUGAACUGAGUGCACGCCAUGAAGCUUUGAAGUCCAGCGAGACUCAACUUCUUCAAAAUCAUGUUAGUCUCACUACUCAGUUAUAUCAGAAGGAGCAAAAAAUAAACCAGCUGCAAGUAAAGCUGCAACAGACACAUCACUGUUCUCAUCAGCCAGCACGGCAGACCAAUGCCAAGCAUCUAGAAGAGGAAGUACAUCAUGUGUCUUCGGCAGAGGUGGAAAGUCUUAUUGCUGCGCAGAAGGCAGACAUUGAGCAACUGAGGGAGAAACUGAAGACAGCUGAAGUGAAGUUAGCCGCUCACGCUUUAGCUUGCAAUAAUGAAGCUGGAAGCACCUUGCAAAGAGGCAGAACAUUUGAGGAUUCACCUGUGAAGCGCUCAAGGUCUCUGUCCCCAAAGAGCUGUGCCGGUGAGCUGGAGGAAUUGAAAAGGCUCCGAAAAUACAAAAAUAAAAUCCAGAACUUAGAAGAACUUGUCAAGUUAAAGAAUGAGGAGAACAAAGAACUACGACAAGUUAAUGAAAGACGCCAAGAGCGUUUGCACCUGCUCCAGACAAACUUCAGGACUCUUAAGGAACAACUCAAAGAGGUCGACGAAAGCCACAGCAAAUCAAAAAAUAAAGCCCCAAUUCAUCGUGUGGAACCCUGGCUACUUCGACAAGAGGACAGUGAUGCCGUCUGGAAUGAACUGGCCUACUUUAAACGGGAGCACAAGAAGCUGUUGACAGAAAAAACAAACCUAGAAGACAUGCUGGACCAGAUUAAAGUGCAAACAGCUACUGACAAAGCCACGAUUCAUGAACUCAGACUGUGCUUGCAGCAAGAGAAAGAAGAACUUCUCUUGAAGCUUAAAGAUGACACCGAGGUCAAGAGCAGUACGCCCAAAAAGAAAGAAGAAGAAAAGACGGAGCAAAUGUUAAAUAAGGUUUUUAACUUAGAAAAGAAGUUGAAAACUGUAGAAAAAGAAGCAAAGAAGCUUAAGGAGGCCAACGAGCAGCUGAUCCGAAGCACCAGCGCUUUCAAGGAGUCUGUGGCCCGCCUGCAGAAUGCAGAGGAAGAGAAACUUUUAGAGAUUGAGAAGCUGCAGAAGGAGAAUGAAGUUGUCAAGAAGGAGCUCCGAGAGAAAACGAACGAGCACGAGAAGAGAGUGACCACUUUGAAAAGGCAACUAGUUGAGGCGAGUGAACUGCGCAGAGAAAACAGGGAAAUUUUAAAGCAGGUAGAAAGGCUGCAGCUCAUGCUGUCUGAGAGCAAGACAUCUGCUGCCGCCGCCGCUGCCGCCACACAGGGACCGGCCACUAAGCAGGGUGACUUGAAGACGGCGAGCAGCAAGGUUAAAUUCAAAGCAGGCAAGCACAGGAGCACUCAGAGACGGCGGCAAGCUUUUCUCAAUCAAUCCAUCAAGGAAAUGAGCUGCGUGUUCCAGAACUUCAAUCAGGACGGCUGGGAGGACAUCAGUGAAGACAGUGAAUCUGAAAGCUUGAGUAAGGACAAUGCAGUGUCUUCUGAGGAGGUGCGUUAUGAAGAGGAGUCAUCGAUUUUGCCCACCACAGAAAGUGAGGUGGAGAACAGCACGACUACUGAAGCGAGAUACAAUGUUGUACGACCCUUGUAUCCUAAAGCUUCAAAGGAACGUGCUGAGAGAAGGAAAGAAAAGCGAACAUCUUCCUCCAAGAUGAGCAUGCCAUCUGCUUUUAACAAAGAAAUUAAACCAAAGAAGAAGAAGGCUGUGAUUCAAAAUAAAGUUGGCUGGAUGGCUCUGCAGCAGAAGAUCACAGCACUACAACAGCAGAUAGCUGCUUUACACACAGAAAAGCGAGUAGCCUUAAGUACCACAAGGGAGCUAAAGGAAACCAACAAGAAGAUAACUUCACAGUUGAACUUGGUCAACCAGAGAUUUCAGAUCAGCAAGCAGGUUGCGCAGAAGCUGACCUCUGACUUGGAAGAGCUCCAGCGGCAGAAGGAUAAGCUGGAGACAAAAGUGUCAGAGCUGAAAGAACAACAAGCGCAAGAGUCGAGGUCAGCGGCACAGGAACCUGCUGUAACCCCGAGCCAUUCUCUGGAUUCUGCAACGCCACCCACCAAAGACCUUGAACUAGAAAUAAAACAACUGCAGAAUAAAUUAAAGAAUGCAAACAAUGAGAUCACUAAGCACAUCGCUGCAAGUAAAACUCUGAAAGCCGAUGUCCAGGAGAAGGAAGAACAGUUGCAGGAACUGCAGGAGAAAUUAUCUCGUAUGGAGAGAGAUAUUAGUAUGAAGAGGCAGUUAAUCGAGGAUCUGAAAUCGAGAUUAAAAUCAUCUCAAGAGCACGAUAAGAAUUACAAGGAAAUAUUACAUGACAUGGAACUAAAGAUAAGGACGUUGUCUGAAGAAGCAUUAAGCAAAAAAGUUUUUGUGGAUUCGUUAAAGCAGAGGUUUGCUGUUGCAACAAAAGAGAAAGCCCAUUAUGAGGAGUUGUUCAGGAAAUGCAAAGAAGAUGUUGACAAGAAGAGUCACAAACUUCAGGAUCUACAAUCCAAAUUAGCCGAAUCCGAGAUCGCCAUGAAGGAACUGGAGGAGACAGCCUCUCAAACAAUGCAUGGAUUAGCCCAGCAAAGUGAACAAGCCUUGGAAACUGUCCAUAAGAAGCUGACGUCUGCAAACAGCCAAAUAGACGAGUUCAUCAAAUUUGUGAAGGACCUCAUUAAGGAAAUACACGAAGACAUAAAUAGCACAAAAAGUCAAAUAAGGAAAAACAAGAAACAGCAGAAGAGUCAAGGACGCCUUUCAAAAGAAUCAAUCAACAGGGCUCAGUCCUUAGCAGCGUCCAUCCUUAACAUCUGCCCGAGUGACCUUGAGGAGAUACUGGAUGUGGACGAUGAGGAGCCUAGUGAAAGUGCGGCAGCGAGAAGAAAACAACAAGAAUGGAUGGAUAAUGUGGCGCGGAUCCUCGAAGGACAGGUUCCUUUUGCCUCUUAUUUAAUGGAAGCCUUUCAACUUAGGAUGAAAGAGGCAAAAAUGCUGACAGAAGAACUAGCAUCGCUCAAAGCAGAAAUGGGGAAAGCGAACGGGACGGCAGGCUCCAAACUCGCACAUUAACGACUCACAAUCUCUGACGGACUUAUUUGUGUCUUUAAUGUCGAUUUUAUGACGGAUUUAUGCGUUCAGAACGUUUUUCCUUUAUUUAUUUUUAUAUGUAUUUUUUAAAGUAGGAAUUACUCGACAUGGUGUUUGCAUUUCAUGGUGAGAGCGAGUGCAGAACUUAUUUCAGGAUGCCGUUGGUUUUACCGAGUAACUGACGCAUUCUGUUAUUCAGGGUGUCACGGCCUUUUAUUUAAAAUUGCCCGUUGUUUAACAAUCACAUCCAGCUUACGAACAAAAGUAUGUGAAGUAACUGCUUAAACAUUGUGCUACAUUAAAAAUAAAACAAUCAUGUA